AUGAAUGAUUUUAUCUCUAGUGUAAUUGACUGCUUCAGGUCAAUUACACGCCAAGUACCCAAGGAUAAAGAUCGCAUCAGAAUAGCUGUUGGAAAAAGCCUUGAAUCAAUAAAUGAUAAUUCCAUUUUGGAAAUUCAACGAUUCUAUCCAAUAUUCGAAGAAUUGAUGUCAUAUAUCCAGAUUCUGCUCGAUUACAAACCAAAUCCAUUCAUUCCUGUCGAUACACACAUAUCAAAUAUCUUUUCUUUCCUAGAUUUAGCUAAAUACAUUAUUGAUCAAAUGGUAUUCAUCGAAAAUGAGCUUGACGUCAUAGCAUUACGUGUAUUAUUGCAUUCCUGUUUAUUCAUCCAAAAAGAUCCCUCGCGAUCAUACAAUUUUCUUUAUCAUUCACCAGAAUCACACGUAAUUAACAGUUUUCCAGCCGUUUACGCAUACAAUUACGAGUAUCGCGACAGAAUUCUGAUACCUCUUCUUCAAAUCAACCAAACUCUCAUCAAAUACUUCAUUUUCACAAGCGACGAUGAAUAUCUACUUAAAGAGAAUGCGCUUUGGUUCUCCAGUCAAUACCAUGGCUAUGAUAUCUUGACAGAUUUAAAUUCAUUUGUAGAAUCUCGGUCGAAAAAGAAACAAUGCAUUGUUUUUCUAUCAGUAUUCGAUACAGCCUCAUUCUUAAUGACCUUGAAGAACAAAUCCUGCGUGAAAACAAUGUUAGUUUAUCAUAGUACAAACUACAGAGACAUAAAAUACAAAAGUUUGAUUGAUCUCGCACGAAAAAUUAAUCAUUUACAGUUUGUUCUUUCACUUCCUGAUCAAACAAAGACAGAUCUAAAGCGAGUAGACACACAAAUGAUGAAUAUCACGACAUAUACAUUUAGAAGAGACUUAAUUGAAGAAUUAAGUGAUGAUUUAGAAGAUGUCAACACAGGAUUUCGAUAUGUUGUUUAUUGUCAAUCUUAUUCAGAAGUUUUUUCUAUUUCUGAUCAAUUAAGACUUCAUAAUUUUGAAGUUUUUAGUCCAGACAUAGCUCUUCAAAUGACAAACAAUGAUUUACUUCAAUUUAUCUUGUCAUCAUCAUCACAAUCCAAAGAAUGUGAUUGUUGUUGUUCUUCUUCAUGUAGAGGAUCCAUUAUUCCUUUGUUUUCUUCAAAACAUGAUCACAUCAAAUUAUUUAAUGAAAACAGAAUGGACGGAAUAACUUUUAUUUUGUUUAUUGUUGGAGAAAUCGAAUCUCAUUUAUACGAUGUUACAAUGGUUUUGGAUGGAACAAAAACAUCAAAUAUGAUGCACAAACUCUUGAAUAUCCAUGGUGAUUAUGAAUGCGCUAUCAUUAAAGAUACAAAAGAAAAAAUGAAAGAUUUACAAAAUGAAGAAUUCGAAAAAAAUUGUUCAAAAUUAUUUGAAUGA